ACCUAAAUUCUUCAUAUUCUGCUGCAAAGGAAUAUCAAAAGGAAAAAAAAAACCCUCCACAUUUCAGAAGCAACUGUUAAGAUCUUGUCAUUCCAUUUUCAUUAUUUCGUUAUCGAAAAUCUGCGUUCUAAAUAUUGUUAAUACAGUUCAAUGUUUUGAAGUUGUGUUUGUUAUUCCAUUGUUGUAGGUACCAUGUCGAGGCCUCGAACAAGGAAUCAACGUAGCUUGGAAAGAAUUAACAAUGCCGGUUGGCCGUACGAGUACGACGAGUGUAUGAUCGAUGCGGCUGCAACAUUUGCUUCGGAGGUUGAAACAUUGGAGGACCCCGAGGUGUACGAAGAAUGCUUGUUCGAAGUCUACAUCACUUUGUGCUUCCAAUUCGCACGUAACUUCGACGACAUUGCUACGAAGUGUAGGAUGAACAGGCUUAGGAACCGGUACUUUGCCUUCAAAGAUUACAUUGCACAGGACGUAGUAACCUACGAUGUUCGAACGGGAUCGUUGACGGUGGACAGGAGCAUGUGGCCACUGGAUCGAAAGGAGACGGAGGAAGAGAGGACAUUUAGAAUCAACCGCUUUCCAUUGUACGAAGAUUGCCACUUCGUGUUUGACGUGAAACAGGCCCCAGAAGUCAAGUUUCGCGGGCUCGUGGGAUAUGAUCCAGAACUUCCCCUCGUCAUCGGCGAUGAAGUGGAUGAUGAUGGAGUUGUUGCUCCUCAGGUUGUUGCUCCUCAGCCAAAUCCACCCCAAGUUGUGGAUCCCCACUAUGCGAUCUACUUAGACGAUCUGUACGAUCGAAUCCGAAACGAAGGUCGUGUGAACGUUGCUAACAACAACAAUGCGAAUGAAGAGGCUCGGAACGAGGGUUACGAACCAGCCGUCAGUUUCAGUGACGAAAUUGAGGAAGCAAAUGACUCCGACGGUGUUUAA